GCAAACCAUAGAGUGCCGGAAAAAGCGUGAGCAGAAGGGUCGGGAAGAGACAGCAACGACCGCAUUGUUCAUGAAAAAAUGACGACCCUAGUGCUGGAUAACGGAGCUUAUAACGCCAAAAUCGGCUACAGCCAUGAAAAUGUAUCAGUUAUUCCUAACUGUCAGUUCAGGUCAAAAACAGCACGUCUUAAAACUUUUACUGCUAACCAGAUCGAUGAAAUAAAGGACCCUUCUGGACUCUUUUACAUCCUUCCUUUUCAGAAGGGCUACUUGGUGAAUUGGGAUGUUCAAAGGCAAGUUUGGGAUUACCUUUUUGGAAAAGAAAUGUAUCAGGUUGAUUUUUUAGAUACUAAUAUUAUUAUCACAGAACCAUAUUUUAACUUCACUUCAAUUCAAGAAUCAAUGAAUGAAAUCUUAUUUGAAGAAUACCAGUUCCAAGCAGUAUUGAGAGUAAAUGCUGGGGCUCUCAGUGCACAUAGGUAUUUCCGAGAUAAUCCUUCUGAAUUAUGCUGUAUCAUUGUAGAUAGUGGAUAUUCCUUUACACAUAUAGUUCCUUAUUGUAGAAGUAAAAAGAAAAAAGAAGCAAUUAUUCGGAUAAAUGUGGGAGGAAAACUUCUAACCAAUCAUCUAAAGGAAAUCAUAUCUUACAGGCAGUUACAUGUUAUGGAUGAAACACAUGUUAUUAAUCAAGUGAAGGAAGAUGUAUGCUAUGUGUCUCAGGAUUUUUACAGAGACAUGGAUAUUGCCAGGUUGAAAGGAGAGGAAAAUACAGUAAUGAUAGACUAUGUUUUGCCUGACUUUAGUACAAUUAAAAAGGGUUUUUGUAAGCCAAGGGAAGAGAUGGUGUUAAGUGGAAAAUAUAAAUCUGGGGAACAAAUUCUUCGUCUGACCAAUGAGAGAUUUGCUGUUCCAGAAAUACUCUUUAAUCCUUCUGAUAUAGGCAUUCAAGAAAUGGGAAUUCCAGAAGCUAUUGUCUAUUCAAUUCAGAACUUACCUGAAGAAAUGCAGCCACAUUUUUUUAAGAACAUUGUUUUGACAGGAGGAAAUUCCCUUUUCCCGGGAUUUAGGGAUCGGGUUUACUCAGAAGUUCGAUGUCUCACUCCAACAGAUUAUGAUGUUUCUGUUGUGCUGCCUGAAAACCCUAUUACUUAUGCCUGGGAAGGUGGAAAAUUGAUAUCAGAGAAUGAUGAUUUUGAAGAUAUGGUGGUAACAAGAGAAGAUUAUGAAGAAAAUGGACAUAGUGUCUGUGAAGAGAAAUUUGAUAUUUAAGAAACACUUCUGAAAGUUUUGAGAUUGUAACAAAGGUUUAAUUUCAGUGUUCUUUUUAAAGGAAGUUAAGGACCUGGGUUACCUUUCGUCCUAAGAUAAAAGUCUUGCACUUAUGUAAAUUCUUUGAUCCAUGGCUAAUUUUCAGAGGUUUCUUAGCUAAGUUGUUAAGUAGACUGUAACUCAGCCCAAAUUUUCACUUAGGAGCUAGACUUACUAUAACAAUGCUUAUGCUUUUUCUGAGAGUAGGUUAUCUUUCAUUAGAAGAUGAAAGAGUGAAUGUGUUUUAAUUCUUCAGAGUUGAAAGCACAAAUUUAGCUGUCUCACUGGUUAGCUUUCCUUAGAAGGUAGUUUUGAGACUAGGAAUUGGCCAAAGUGUUUUCUUUCUUUCUUUUAGAACUAAGUAUUUUAUUUUUAAAUUGUCAUUUUUAUUUAUAUAUACUGAAGUUGGAGAAACUAAUCUGUCCGUGUUUAAUGUUUUUUUUUAAUGUUUAUUUUUUACUUAGUGUAAGUUUGAAAGAAUGGAGACCAAAGCCAAUUUAUUAAAGUAUUUUUGGUCACUA